AUGAGUCGCCAUCUCGUCGAUGCGGAUGGGGAUACUAUCAUGACAGACGAUGACUAUUUUCUUCCCCAGGCCCCCCACAGCACCCUAUACCCACCAGCCCAAUCUAUGCAUCCUCCUGGAUCACAGGCAUACCGGUCUGAGAUUUCAAAAUCAACAAGUGUUCAUUCUGGCCACCAACCGUUGUUCUAUCCAGGCUCUUUCGGAUUGGGUAUGGGCACUCGUUUCCAAUUCGGUAGCUUUGGUGCCGGCGCUUCUCAGCCACUUCCACGAACUACCGAAGUCCGCCAGCCCCAUAUCAUCCCUAUGACUGUCCCUACACGUGGGCAGAAUCAACUCAGUGGGCAUUGGGCGCCAUGGCCAGGACUGCCACCUACAAGAGUCGACUCAAUUUCUUCUGGAUUUGGGCCUGCCUUCACUCAGAAUCAUAACAAUCGUUUCAGGCAAGGUUCGACUAACCUACCCACGAAUCAAAGACAUGGAGGGUGCAGAGCAUGCAACAUUACCUUCUGUUCCCUCUGCAGGACCUUCCAUGACAGGGCGUUGAAUUGUGAUUACUUCGAAGACGAGGUCGACUACGAGGAUGAAGGGGACCAUUCGAGCUAUACUGACAAUGAAUCUCAAGACGAAUUCUCGAGCCAGAUCGACGAAGACGAGGACGACGAUGAUGAUGACGAUGAGGAUGAGGAUGACAACUGGAGCUUCCACAGUGCCAAUGGGAUGCACGAGGGACUCGCAGAGGGGUCAUUUGUGAGACGAGCAGUUGGUGGCCAAGGCGAACCGCAUUGUUUUCAUUGCAACACGAUACGAUAUCGCAACAACAACCCGGAAACUGACUAUUGUGACGUCUGCAUGCGAUCGUCUUCUCAGUUGGAACGCUGCCGUCAUUGCUUCUUAGACCUAUGCCCUACAUGUUUACGAGGAGGUAGGAACGGAAGGUAUACGACUUCAGAGCCCAGUCGGCGGCGCAAUGGAUUCUCUGCUCUCGACCUGCUUGACUACUAG